AACAGGCAACCUUGUUGUUAAGAGCAUCGCGCUCUGACCAAUGGAGCUAACCGGCCGCCCCAGAAUUUACCCUCUUAACCAUUUCUAAGUGUGCGUUCAGCACGUUCACACUUUUGUGCAGCCAUCACCAGCAUCAUCCUCAGAACUUCUUCAUCUUCCCAGACUGCCACGCUGUCCCCAUUAAACACUGACUCCCUCCCCCGCCCUCAUUGUUAUCCAUUCAUCGGCUGACGGCCUGUGGCUUGUUCCCUCCUUUUGUCUGUUGUGAAUAUGCUGCUACAAAAUUGGUGUCUGAGUAUCUGUGUUAGUCAGUCCCUGCUUUCACUUCUUUGGGCCGCAUGUAUCUAGAAGUGGAACUGCUGGGGCAUGUGGCGGUUCAGUGCUGAACUUUCUGAGGAGCCCAGACUGUUCCACGCAGCCGCACUGUUUUGUCUUCCAGCCAUGCACAGGGUUCCAGUUUCCCCACAUCCUUGACGGCACUGAUUUUCUGAUUUCUAUCUGACUAAUCUGAUUUCUAUCUGAUUUAUAAUAACCCUCCUGCUGGGUGUGAGGUGACAUCUCACUGUGGUUUUGACGGCGUUUCCCUGAUGACCAGUGAUGCUGAGCUCCUUUUUGUGGGCUCGUUGGCUGCUUGUGUAUUUUCGUUGGAGAAAUGUCUAUUCUAAGUCCCGCACCCCUGUUUUAAAUUGGUUUUGUGGUGGUUGUACUUCUUUUCAUAUUCUGGACGUUACUCCCUUAUCAGAUUUGCUUUGCAAAUAUCUUUCCCCUACUUAGGUUCCCAUUUCACUCUCCUAAGAGGGUCCUUUAAUGCAUAACAGUCUGUAAUUCUCAUGGAGUUUAGUUCAUCUUAUUUUUUUGUUGUUGCCUGGUUUUCUGUGUGAUAGCAAAGAAACUACUGGCAAAUCCAGUGUCAUGAAGAUUUUCCCGUGUUUUCUUCUGAGUGUUUUAUAGUAUUAGCUCUGAUGUUUAGGUUUUUGACUCAUUUUGUGUUGAUUUUUGUAUAUGGAGUGAAGUAGGGGCCCAGCUUUAUUGUUUUGCCUGUGGAUGUCCAGUUUCCCAGCACCGUUUGUUGACAAGACUGUUCCCAUUCCUCAUCAAAUGGUCUUGGUGCCCUUAUCGGAAGACCAAUUGGUCUCUACGUGAGGGCGCAGUAGCAUUUUGUGUGUGUGUGCCAAUUUAGUUUUUAAAAAAGAUUCUCAAAAGGUAAACUAAAGCUUAUUUUUUGGUGUGCAGUCCUGUGGGUCUAGCCCAUGUACCCCUUCGUGUAGCCACCCCCACCGUCAGAUCCCGCGACAGACAGGUCGGCCCCAGCCUCCCGUGCUGUCCUUUCAUGCACACGCGUGCCCUCCUCCCCAGUCCCUGGCAGCCCUGAUUUUCUCCUUCACCACGUGUAAAUGGACCCGCAGUGCAGCACCCACUCAGCAGAGUUUUUGGAGGUUCCUCCAGGUUUGCAUUUUCAUCUCCGAGUCUGUCCUAUUGUAUGGAUGGACCACAGUUUGUCCACUUAUCCCCUGGUGGUCAUUUGGAUGGUUUCCAGUUGCUGACAGGCAAAAAGCUGCCAUAAAAAUGUAUGUGCAGGUUUUUGAGUAAACGUGUUUUCAUUUCUCUCGGGCAAAUAUUUAGGAGUGGAAUGGUUGGGUCCCAUGGUAAGAGUCUAUUUAACUUGAUAGGGAACUUCCAGACAUUUUUCCAGGGUGGUGGUGUGGAUUUCCCUCCGUUUCCCCAAACCAGAGACAGGGCUUGUCUGUGCACAGUUGUGGGACGCAGGCAGCUUCCGAGUUCCAGCCAGGGGACACAGGGACAGGUGACAAUGGGAGGCUCACCACAGGGUCUGCUGCGCUUCUGCCUCCUUCCCGUCCCUGCUGUCCGUGCACCCUGCUCGGGGCUCUUAGCUCUCUUAGCAGACAAGACGGGUAAGUCGUGCUCGCUGCGUCCUCACCAGAACCAGCAGUCCGGGAAUAGCCCUUCUCUUGUCAUUUCGGUCAAAAAUGCUGGGACUGAAGGAGGGAUACUUGAAGACACGCGUGCUGCGAGCUCUUAUGGGGACCAUCUGUGACCUGUGCCUUGUUUCCUCUAGGACUACAGACCCUGGGGAGUGACACUUAGUCCCGGGCGUCCUCCAUAGCGGAGCCAUGGCGACCCCGGAUGUGAGUGUCCACAUGGAGGAGGUGGUCGUGGUGACGACACCUGACACCGCAGUGGAUGGCAGCGGCGUGGAGGAGGUGAAGACGGUGCUGGUGACGACCAACCUGGCGGCUCACGGGGGCGACCUGGCCGAAGACAACAUGGACACAGAGAAUGCGGCCGCGGCCGCGGCAGCUGCUUUCACAGCGUCCUCACAGCUCAAGGAGGCCGUGUUAGUGAAGAUGGCCGAAGAGGAGGAGAAUCUAGAGGCUGAGAUCGUGUACCCCAUUACCUGUGGGGACAGCAGAGCCAACCUGAUUUGGAGGAAGUUUGUGUGCCCUGGCAUCAACGUGAAGUGUGUUCAGUAUGACCAGCACGUCAUCAGCCCGAAGGAGUUUGUGCACCUGGCCGGCAAGUCCACCCUGAAGGACUGGAAGAGAGCCAUCCGUAUGAAUGGCAUCAUGCUCAGGAAGAUCAUGGACUCCGGGGAGCUGGACUUCUACCAGCACGACAAGGUGUGCUCCAACACCUGCCGCAGCACCAAGAUCGACCUCUCGGGGGCCCGCGUGUCCCUGAGUAGCCCCACGGCCGCCGAGUACCUCCCGCUCACGCCCGCCACGGCUGACGUGAAUGGGUCUCCUGCGACCAUCACCAUAGAGACCUGCGAGGACCCCGGGGACUGGAGCACAGCCAUCGGAGACGACACAUUUGCCUUUUGGCGAGGGCUCAAGGACGCUGGCCUGCUGGACGAGGUCAUCCAGGAGUUUCACCAGGAGCUGGUGGAGACCAUGAAGGGCCUGCAGCAGCGGGUCCAGGACCCUCCCCUACAGCUCCGAGAUGCCGUUUUGCUCAACAACAUUGUACAGAACUUCGGCAUGCUGGACCUGGUGAAGAAGGUGCUGGCUGGCCACAAGUGCCAGAUGGACCGCUCGCGGGAGCAGUACGCCCGCGACCUGGCAGCCCUGGAGCAGCAGUGUGACGAGCACCGCCGCCGGGCCAAGGAGCUCAAGCACAAGUCACAGCACCUCAGCAACGUGCUCAUGACGCUCACACCCGUGCCCCUGCCGCCCCCCAUGAAACGGCCGCGACUCGCCAGGGCCACGUCCGGCCCGGCCGCCAUCGCCCUCAGCCCGGGGCUGCCAGUCCCGCAGUUGACCAGCGUGCCACUCGGCAAAGUGGUGUCCACCCUGCCCACCCCCGUGCUGGGCAAGGGCUCCCCACAGGCUGCUCCCAGCUCGCCCGCCUCACCCCUGCUUGGGGGCUACACGGUGCUGGCCUCGUCGGGCAGCAGCUUCCCCAGCACGGUGGAGAUCCACCCAGACGCGUCCAGCCUCACGGUCCUGAGCACGGCCGCCAUGCAGGACGGCAGCACUGUGGUCAAGGUGGUGAGCCCACUGCAGCUGCUCACGCUGCCCGGCCUGGGCCCCACCCUGCAGAGCGUGGCCCAGGUGUCCCCGGGAGGCAGCACCGUCGUGACAGUGCCUACAGGGGCCGUGGAGAGCGCCGUGGCCACCCCAGGACCUGAGGAGCACUCGGCCACCAUCGAGGUGGCCGCCAUGGCAGAGGGCCAUGGGCACAAGUAGCCGCUGGCGGAGGGAGCGGCCCCUCGCGGGCUCAGGACUGGCCGCCUCUCAGGCCGUGGCCCGUGGGACCACAGUGCCAGCGCCCGGCGGUCACAUGGGGCUGCUGAACCAAAGAGAGGAACGCCAAACAGACCGAGAGGAGAGGGAUAGAAGGUGACAGCAACCUGUGACGUCAGCUUUGAGUUCUGAGCCUCCUCCCCUUUUUUCUUGGGAAAUAUAUUUUUCCACCUGUUGCUUACUGACACUGUUUACACGCUGGGCCCGGUCAGGAGCCAGGCGGGGGAGGGCGUGGACGCCUCGCCAGGGGCACAUCACUAGCACAUGUCUUGGGGACUGUCCCCAAGUGUGGAAAGCCAUGGAUCCUAUGGAUUUGGUUUCUUCCCGCAGUUUUCUGUAGGUUUAAGGCGGCUGGCACUCUGCUCUCCGUCCCCGGAACAGGUUAGCACGUGGGGCCUGGGGUCACCCACCUGAGCAGAGGGGCCGAGGGCCCCAGCAGCACGCAGUCCCCACUGGCCCUGCCCGCCUGGCGGUGCUCGGCGCUCAGGGGCCAUUGCACACGCACCGCCGGGCUUCCAGUCAGUGGUUUAGAAGGCUUCUAGGAAGAGUCAGACUUCUAGCAUUUUCAACCCAAACAAUGCUGAGUGCCUAGGCUUCCGGAAUCUGCUCUGGGUUCCAGAGUGUUUUGUACAAAAUGGCUGUUGGGACAGCCUCCUGGGGAGUCCGAUGGCGGGUGUGGCUCUGCGAUGGCGUCUGUCCUGGGGGAGGGGGUGCUCGUUAUUGCCCCGUGCCCAGCCUGCUGGUGGGGCCGCCAUGACGGCCUCAGCCCCUGGGACCCCCGGAGGGGGAGCUGCACCCAGUGCUUCAGGCCCAGUGCCGGUCAGGGUGGGGACCGGACACUCGCUGAGGGGCUGUCCGUGGGCCAUCCAUAGUCGGACUUAUGAGGACCAGGCAGGUGGCCAGCUGCAGGUCACCCUGGCAGCCCUGGGGUCCCCACCGUCGGGGAGGGCCCUCGCCCUUUGAAGGGAACUGGGCUCCGUCCGUCCUUCUGUCCAUCAAGUGCCCAGAGCCCCCCUCAGCGGGCCUUGCCCCCACGUCAAGCUACUGAGGUGUUAUCUUUGUUUUCUUUCUGUCACGUUUACGUUGGGUGUUGUCACAGCUUCCUGGGUUCAGUGUGCUGUUUACUUCUUGUUCAAACGCAUCUUGACUGAGUUGGAGUCCUGUCAGGUGUGGCCACCCAGCCUGUCCCCAGGCCACACCAGCUCGACCACAGAAGACUGUGGCUUGCCCUUAGAACCCUUGGCUCAGUCAGCAUGCCCUCAGGCCACGGGCCAUUGAGAGAAGUGUCAUUUCAGAGCCAUACAGACAAGCGUGAGCAGCUCCAGAACUGACCCCCAGCCGUGCACAGCACUUUGUUAGCGCGUUAGGAAGCGGGGCUGGGAGGCUGCUCGCUCUGGGACAUCUGUGCUGGCAGUGCCCCAGACCCCAGGUGAGGGAGGGUCUGCCAUCUGGCCCCUCGUCGCCUGCAGUCCCUGCAGUGGGGGUUUCUGGGAAGGCAGGUCCCAGGUGGUUUUUCUCAUUGGUGCUCAGAGGCAGCAUGGGGGCAGGCAUCUGAGUCCUACUUUGUAUGUUGUUUUGCAAGUACCUGUUUGGUGCUUGGAUUUAAAAUAAAAAUGUUUUUCAUAAUUCA